AUGUUAACAUUGUUCUGUACAGGUCUCUUCAUGCUGUCUGCAUGUGUUCCUCAUCAGUAUCACUUUGUGAAUGUGAAGAAGACCUGGACUGAAGCACAGACAUACUGCAGAGAGCACUACACUGACCUGGCCACUAUUAACAACCAAGAGGACACAGAUGAGCUGAUUAAAACUGUUAAAGGAGAUGUUGAGCGUGUUUGGAUUGGACUGGAGAGGAGGUGGCAGUGGUCUCUGGGAGAUCCAACAUUCUACAGAGAGGGAGAAAUGGAGUUUACAAACUGGAACCAAGGAGAACCAAAUCAUCUCAGCAAUCAGCACUGUACUGAGAUGAGAGCUCAUGGAAAAUGGAAUAAUGACCCAUGUAAUAAGAAGCAAAUGUCUGUGUGUUAUGAUGGGAGAAAGGUCAGCAGUGAGAGAUACAUAGUGAUUAAUGAGACCAAAACCUGGAGAGAAGCUCAGAGCUACUGCAGAGAACAUCACACAGACCUGGUCAGUGUGAGGAACCAGACUGAGAAUAACAUGAUAUGGAGUUUGAUAAAGGACAGUAGCUCUGCCUGGAUCGGCCUGUUCAUGGACUCAUGGAAAUGGUCAGAUCAGAGUAAAUCCUCAUUCAGAAACUGGGCACCUGGACAACCUGGUAAUAAUGGGGGUAUUGAGAACUGUGCUGUCAUGCAGGUGAAUGGUGCUCAUGUGGGACAAUGGCAUGACUUUUCAUGUGACAAUGCAAAGCCAUUUGUUUGCUAUGAAGACAAGCUGAUCCUGAUCAAUGAGACUCUGACCUGGAGUGAAGCUCUGAAUUACUGCAGAGAGCAUCAUGUGGACCUGAUCUCAGUUCACUCAGAGAAGAUCCAGAACAAGGUGAAAGCGAUGGUUGGAAAGGCCUCCACUGCUCAUGUGUGGCUGGGCUUACGUUACAGCUGCACUCUGGGCUUCUGGUUUUGGGUGAGUGGAGAAUCUUCCUGCUACCAGAACUGGGCUCCAGGGAAUGGAACUGUGAUGGAAGAAUGUGGGAAUCAGAUAAUUACAGGAGGAGUUGAGUCUGGAGGAAAGAAAGAAUGGAUCAGCUUCUCUGAGACUGAGAGACUCAACUUCAUCUGCACCAACUAUGAAGAAUUCUGA